AUGGAAACGAUUAAUACUAAACAAGACGAUAAGGAUGAUAGUCAAGACGGAGCAUUGGUAUUAUGGAAAUAUAAUAAUCCAUUCUCAAAUUAUAAGCGGGAUCCUGAGAGAAUUUUUGCUUUUAAUGGAUUUACCCGUACACUCAAUGAUAUCGAGCACACAAAGUUCAAUAUUAAACAGAAUGUUGAAUAUGUUAUGAGCCAGCAACAAAAUCAAUUUGAGUACGACAGAGGUAAAGGUGGUUUAGAUUUAUUAGAUAAAGAUAAUAUACAAGCUCACGUUCUAGAUUGGAGAUCACUACCAACCACUGAAGAUACUACAAACCCACUUCACAAAUCAAAUAUUCAACCAUUUGACAUAAUUCUAGCAUCAGAAAUAUUAUAUUUACCAGAUUUACACAAAGAUUUGGUCAAAACUAUUCGUUAUUUUAGUCAUUCAAAACCUAUAAAUGAUCAGGAAGCUAGUUCCGAAACAGAAAUGAAAUCGGAAAACGAUAUGAAAUGUGAGACGCGAGUUUUGGGAAUCUAUAAACAACGUGGAUUAGGUGAAGAACAGUUUUUCAAAAUUGCACAAAUUUUUGGAAAGCUUAGAGUUGAAUGG